AUGUCGCAUAACCCUCCUGAAUUACUAAAGAAGAUAGAGGAAGUAAAUAACAGACUUGUUGAAAGGACGGAUGACCUCGAACAAUAUCUGCGGAGGGACAACAUUCGUAUUUUUGGUGUCAAGGAGACUAAAGAUGAGAUCACUGACGAGAUUGUGGUAAAGCUAUGUCGGGAAAAACUUGGUGUGGAACUGUCAAAAGACGCAAUCUCCCGUUCACAUCGAGUCGGCAAGCUGCAGACACCGGGAGACGACGGCAGGGAGCGGCAUCGGCCCAUCAUCGUCCGAUUCAGCACAUACCGGGCCCGACGGACUGUAUUUGAUGUGAAGAAGCGGCUAAAGGGGACAGGCGUAACCAUCAAGGAGGACCUGACGCACCUUCGCCAGCAACUGUAUAAGCAGGCGGUGGCAAGGUUCGGCGUGGGAAACGUCUGGACCCAGGAUGGCAGAGUGCUCUGGGUUGACAAGAGCGGGGAGAAGAAGGUGGCGACGAGUCUGACCGACCUACCAGCUUUGGCCCAAAACACUGCUUCAGUUAACAGCCUGAUGACAGGGUGGAUGGCGAUGGAGGCAUGGAGGUUGGGGGAGAGGAGGCUGAAGAAGUGGAGACAAAUCAGUUUGGAUCCAUUAUGUUGAUUAGUUUAACAUUUAUUUUGAACAUCAGUAUUUACAUUUUUUUUCCUACAGUUACCUAACAAUGUACAUGUUCUCUCACUGAUUUGAGAAAGCAAAGUGGCCAAUUCGCUCAUCAGUGAGACAAUGUUAACAUUGUCUCACUCCAAUUACUUUGUCUCACUCCAGAUUUUCAACGUGAAGGCACGAAAUAGUGAGCGCGUAACAUGCAGGCAACGCCGUAUGCGCGCGAAAUACGUUGGCAGCACUGGCUGUAAAUCAGCUGGUCAGCUGUUGUACUGUUGUAUUUUUGUCACUUCACAUUAAAUUAAUGUUAUAUUAAAAGUUCACUUCUGUGUAAAAAUAGGUUAUGUUUCUUCACCAAUUUAUUUGUUUUAUGGUAACUGUAGGAAAAGUAUAAUGUGCAACUCGAGUUCAAAGUACAAUUGCCUCACUCGAGAAACCAUUCCUCACUCGCCUACGGCUCGUGAGUAAGGAUUUCUCUCGAGUGAGUCAAUUGCUCACUUUUCUCACUAGUUGCACAAAUAACUAUUCUCAUUUAGAUUAUUAAAUUAAGAUAAUUUUAUUGUUUUUAUGAAGAUGUUUUCUUACAUUUUUAAUAUUUGUUUGUACUUCUGCCUGGUAAAAAAAAAACCGUUUAUUAUGUUUGUUAAAAUGAUUACUUUCACUAACUGACCUUGUCUUGGGUAACAAGAGAUAUCUUGAUACUUAACUAACAGGGUGCCUGUUCUAUGGGGUUGUAUAAGUCAGUAGAAACCUUCUUAUAUUUCGAUACUUGGUAAAUUAAUCAUUUCCAACUUUAUAUAGUAUAGAUCGCUAUUCCUGUAUUGAUGUACUGAAAUGAAUAAAAUUAUA